UAUCCAACGGUUUCUUUGCAGACAAGGCAGGAAAAUCAGAACAACCAAGAAGAUCAAGGUCAGAUGAAGGUAAUGCAUUUGGAUUACAAUCAUCAACGAAGCCCUUAGAUUUGCCAAGCAAGCAAGAAGACAGAAUUAUCAAAGAUUCCCUGAUAACAAUGCAAAAACAAACAUAUAAGGAUUUGAAUAGAGUGACACCAUCAAUCUGGCAUAAAAGUCAUAUCGUAGAUAUUGCAGACACAUUUACUGAACUCAUCUUACUUCAGUCAACAAGAAAAGACAAAAGAGAACAAGUCAAAGAAAAAGAAAAAGAGUAUACAGAUGGAGAAUAUACAAAUGAAGAGUAUACAAGUGAUGAAGAACAACAAAUAGAACAAGAACAAGUCAAGUCAACAAGUAUAGUACAGGCAGGUAAACCUGCAUCAUUAACAGAGGUAUUAGGUCUUAUUAAAUCAACAGAUGCAUGUAAGGUAUUAAUAACAGGGAAGGGAGGAAUGGGCAAGACUACUCUCCUUAAAUAUAUUGCUUAUCAAUGGGCUACUGAUGAUAAACAUGUCUUUGCUGAUAAAUUACUAUUUCUGAUGAAUAUCAGGGAAAUUAAAGAAUGUGUAAAGUUCUUAGACAUAAUUAUGGAAAAAAUUGAUUCAAAUGCAAUAAUUAAAAAGAAUGAUUUGAAUGGUCCUGAUUCAGUUGAAAAGUUCUUGGUGAAACAUGACAAAGAAGUAGUAAUUUUUUUAGAUGGAUAUGAUGAGUUAGAAACAAAUACUAAAGACCCAUUAGAUCUAUUUAAAGGAAGUGAAUUGCAAAAAAGCACUGUGGUGAUAACAUCUCGACCUGACAACACAUAUGAUUUGAUUAAUUGCUGUGAUGUACACAUUGAAGUAAAGGGUUUCAGUCCAAGAAACAUAAAAAAAUAUAUUCAAAAACAUUUUCAUUCAAUUGGUGCAACCAAAUAUGGGGAAUCGCUAAUAAAAGAGUUUAAACUUGAUUCAGAGUAUUUGAAUUGUGCUCAUCUCCACUGUUACUGCUGAAAAUUUGUACCAUAUGGAAACAAAAAUCUAGUCUUCCCUCAUACAUGUCAGAUCUUUUCAAGGACAUCAUUCUUUGUACUUUAAACAGGACUAGCAAUGAAACUGCAAUUCAUAAGUUUGACAAAAUUCCAGAUCAAUUUAAAUCUGCCAUUUUAGUUUUAGGAAAAUGUAUGUAUAAAGGACUAAAGAAAAAUGCACUAUCUAUUGACAAACAGUAUUUGUUAGAGAUGGCAGAUAGUGAAAAACUAGUAGAUUUAGCACUGAAACUUGGAUUUGUUUAUGAAGAUACCCCUGUUGAUCCAGGUGAUACAAGUGAGAUGUACACACCCCCACACAAGUUAAUUUCAGAGGCAUUAGCAGGGUUUUACUUGGCUAGUCAAACUCAGGAAGAUCAUUUGACAACAGAGGAGUACGAGGUGAUAAGGUCUAAUGAAUAUCUACAUAUGACAAGAGUGUUCACAGUAGGAUUUCUUGGUGCUAAAGCUGGUAAAUUGCUAAAACAUUGGUUCAUAAAGAGGGCCUCAAAUUUGUGCUCAAUAGCACAAUGUUUUAGACAUGUGAAAGAUGAACAUGAACACCAUGUACUACAGGAAUUGGAUAACAACAGUGAAAUGAGAGCAUGCUGUGAGCAAAUAUGUCAGUCAUUCAAAAGAAUUCUUAAUAACGAUGACAUCAAAAAUAUGCAUUUAUUCAAACUUAUGUGUUACAUUGAAACACAUGAAAUCGAGCUUAAAAAGGCACCAGUCUCUAUGAUAGAUACAUCUAGUGAAGAGUCUUUAAGAAUUUCAUGCAGGGAUUUUGUACACAGCUCAGUUGUAGCACAAGGAGCUUGGCUAACAAAACAUUUUUUUAAAUAUAUUUCAAAUUGGGGAGAAAAAAGAAUCAAAAUUCUUUCAGCUGCAAUGAAAAAUAUAGAUAUGACAUAUAACCAAAUGGUAAUGAACUUCAGGUUUACCCUUAAAGUUAGUUCUUUUUUUGUAAGUCAUUUCUUAGAACAUGCAAGAAACCUAUCUUGCAUAACAUAUUGUCAAGCUUCUGUACUCAGUGAAGCUAUGAAUGAGUUACACAAAACUCACACUAAGUUGAAAUUAACCAAACUUACUAUUAACCAUCUACAGAAUACUGAUGGCGGUUUACUAGAAAAACUGUUUGAAGUGGCUCCUAAACUGCAAUAUUUAAAGGUAGCCAGUGGUAAACUAUCAGGCAGCAUUAUUAAAAGGAUUAAAUAUUGUCGUAGGAGGAAUGUAGUAUUUAGCAGACGUCUAUUGAGGCAAAAGUUAAACCUUUCAGAUAUUGAUAGUGAAUCACUUGCAACAUUUAUAUGGGUAGUUAGUCAGAGCAUAU